GAGUGCUCACCCUUCGCUGCCCACCUCUACGACGCGGAGGACCCGUCCACGCCCCUGCGCACGCUGCCCGGGCUGUGCGAGGACUACUGUCUGGACAUGUGGCACACGUGUCGCGGCCUCCUCCACCACCUGUCGCCCGAUCCCGAGCUCCGGGCGCUGGAGGGCGACCGCGCCAAGCUCUGCCGCUACCUCUCCCUGGACGACGCGGACUACUGCUUCCCGCGCCUGCUGGUCAACCAGCAGCUCAACUCCAACCUGGGCCGCGUGGGCGCCGACGCGCGGGGCUGCCUGCAGCUGUGCCUGGAGGAGGUGGCCCACGGGCUGCGCAACCCGGUGGCCAUGGUGCACGCGCAGGACGGCACGCACCGCUUCUUCGUGGCCGAGCAGCUGGGGCUGGUGUGGGUCUACCUGGCCGACCGCGCGCGCCUCAAGAGGCCCUUCCUGAACAUCAGCCGCGCCGUGCUCACCUCGCCCUGGGAGGGCGACGAGCGCGGCUUCCUGGGCCUGGCCUUCCACCCGCGCUUCCGCCAAGCCCGCAAGCUCUACGUCUACUACUCGGUGGGCACCGACGUUCGCGAGUGGAUCCGCAUCAGCGAGUUCCGGGUCUCCGAGGAAGACGAGAACAGCGUGGACCACGGCUCCGAGAGGAUAAUCUUGGAGAUCGAAGAGCCAGCCUCCAACCACAACGGGGGCCAGCUGCUCUUCGGGGACGACGGGUACCUCUACAUCUUCACCGGGGACGGCGGGAUGGCGGGGGACCCCUUCGGAAAGUUCGGGAACGCUCAGAACAAGUCGGCUCUGCUGGGCAAGGUGCUGCGUAUCGACGUGGAGCGCCCGGCAUGGGGACCGCCCUACCGCGUGCCGCCCGACAACCCCUUCGUGGGCGACCCCGCGGCGCGCCCCGAGGUCUGGGCCCUGGGCGUGCGCAACAUGUGGCGCUGCUCCUUCGACCGCGGCGACCCGGCGACCGGCGCGGGCCGGGGGCGUCUCUUCUGCGGUGACGUGGGCCAGAACAAGUUCGAGGAGGUGGACCUGGUGCAGCGCGGCCGGAACUACGGCUGGCGCGCGCGCGAGGGCUUCGAGUGCUACGAUCGCCAGCUGUGCGCCAACAAGUCCCUUGACGAUGUGCUGCCCAUUUUUGCCUACCCACACAAGCUGGGCAAGUCGGUCACCGGGGGCUACGUGUACCGCGGCUGCGAGAACCCCAACCUGAACGGCCUCUACAUUUUUGGGGACUUCAUGAGCGGGCGUCUCAUGUCCCUCCGCGAGAACCUGGAGACGGGCCAGUGGCGGUACAGUGAGAUCUGCAUGGGCCGCGGGCGGACCUGCGCCUUCCCGGGGCUCAUCAACAGCUACUACCCACACAUCAUCUCCUUCGCGGAGGACGAAGCCGGGGAGCUGUACUUCCUGUCCACGGGCGUGCCGAGUGCCACUGCGGCCCAUGGCGUCAUCUACAAGGUGAUCGACCCAUCCAGACGAGCACCACCCGGCAAGUGUCAGAUCCACCCCGCCCCAGUGAAAGUGAGAAGCCGCCUCAUCCCCUUCGUGCCCAAAGAAAAGUUCAUCUGGACUCCCGAGAGCACCCCGAGCCCCACAAAGCGCACGCCCACCAAGGCGCCUCGCCGCAGCCGCCCCACGGCCCCUGCAGGCCCGUGGGGCUGGGCCCCGGCCGCGGCCGCGUGGAGGUGUUCGUGGGCGGACGCUGGGGCACCGUGUGCGACGAUGCCUGGGACGCCAAGGCCGCUGCCGUCGUGUGUCGCCAGCUGGGCUUUGCCCAAGCCAUGCGCGCGGUGAAGCGCGCCGAGUUUGGCGAGGGCCAGGCGCUGCCCAUCCUGCUGGACGACGUGCGCUGCGCGGGCUCCGAGCGCAACCUGCUGCAUUGCUCGCAUGCCGGCGUGGGCACGCACAACUGCGGGCACGAGGAGGACGCAGGCGUCGUGUGCAGCCACCAGGACCCGGACUUGUAGGCAAAGCCCCGCUGUGCGGAGGAGCCGCCCGCUUGAGCCCUUCCUCCCGGUGCGCCUGGCGCCGCGCGGAGUCAGACGGCGGAGGCCCGCGUGGGUGUGCCCAAGAGGCGGUCCCUCCGUGCGCUGGCCUGUGCGCUCACGUGCGGUGUGCGCGCGUCCUGGGGCCCCGCCCCCCGUGCCUUCCGCAGACCUCGCGCCAGCGCCCGUGCCGGGGCAGUGUGGCCUUUUUUACGUCCCAGCACCCUGGAAGGAGCCGCAGCAGCGCAGUCUGGCCCUGGACCCAGAGGACAGCGAGCGGCCACCCUUCAGUGGGACAUGUGGCCCCUGGCAGCGAGAACAGAGACACAGCUGGCAGGUUGGGGGGGGCAGGCCUGCCCUGCCCAGGACAGGAGUGGAAGGUGCCCCACCGGCUGUGCAGCAUGACCCCCCUGAACUGGAGAGAGCAGGAAGCUAUCCCCUGGAGCAGGGAGGCAGGUUGACCUGUGGCUGUGACCGCCCACCAGAGGGUAGGCUGCCCGCCCGGGAGGACGCCAGCGCCCCUGGGACAGCUUGCUGGAGAGCUGAAGGUCUCUCAGGCCGCCUGCCAGUGACGCCUCCUUCUUCCCUGGACCUUGCUGUCAUGCUGAGCCCGUGUAACGGCCCUGGGGCAGGUGCCGGCUGCCUGCAACCCUGGGACAGAAGCCCCUUCGCCAGCCAGGCAAGCUUCCAGCGGCCUCACCAGCACCUGUGGGCGUGGGGGCCUCCCCACCUUCUAGGCUGUGUUGGCACCCAGAGCCACCUCUGGCACCUCCGUCCCCACCCCUGUGCUGGGAUCCCUGACUCUGCCAGCUCCACCCAGGGGCCACCAGGCUCUGGGGCCAGCGAGACGGUGACACUGUCACCAGGGCUGUGCCAACAAUGUGACUGGUUGCCAGCC